AUGAACGCUUCUGGCUUGGCUCGUGCUGCGACGCUGUCCGUCCUGGGGCAAGUCUGGGUGCGCCGCCGGUCUGCACGCGGGGAAAUGAACAUCAAGAACGCACGCUCAGGUCCAGGAUCCAGCGACGCGCACGCGGAAAUGGGACGCGGGGUGUGGUUUCCGGGCGAGUGCUCCUUUGCAGGGCCGCACGAGCGCGUAUGGGCAAUCGCCGCGAGCUAG